AUGGGUAUCUUGCAGGAUCCUGGCCGGUUCUCCAGCCAACUACGCAAGGCCCUUGCCUCCAAGCCUUUCGACGUCUGGAGCAUUCCCGAGUCGGAUGUAGCUCCCCAAGACGAAGACUGCUUUUAUGACAUGGAAACACAAUCCUACGCGGGAGAAAGCUAUGUGCCGAUGGAUGAAGACGCAGGAGAUGGAGACGCAGGAGAUGGAGCAGAGGCCGAUUGGGCUAUGGAGAUCCAAAGUUCGGACGAUCAUAGUCCCGGAGCGGAGCCUGAUGGAGCGGUUGAUGCUCCCGUGUCUCUUGGCAAGUGUGUGAGCUGUUUGAGAGAUCUAGACGGCCGAGUUCUGUCCGUGGAACAUCAGUUCGAAAAACAAAAUCUCUGGAACGACGAUAUGGCACGAGGCAUGAAGACCAUGCAGGGCGGGUACCAGGAAAUCUCGGUGCUCCGAGAAGACUCGGCUAUGCUAAAAAAAGAGGUGGCGAUGCUAAGAGGCCAACUUAACUCUCUAUCCAAGGGUAGCCCAGUCACUGUGCGAAGACCCGGACGCCCUAGGCGUGACGCAGAAUAA